CUUCCAUAUCUGUGGCCUUCUCUACUUGGAAGAUUUCAUCAUUAUUUUGUCCUCGAUCUUCGCUGAAUAUCCGACAUUGAAUACAACUGCCAUCGUCGAAUAGCAAAUUUGCUAACAAUUUCAUCUUCUCGCUAUGGAUCACAAUUCUACUUACGAGUUCAGUAAUUCUAAUUCUCCACGAAACUCUUGUCAUUCAUCUAAAACUGAAGUUUCUCCAAACUUUACCAAAUAUUGGACUCCUGAGUGUGCUGAGAGCUAUAAGCCUCAUGUUGGUAUGAUUUUCACAAAUGUUGCUGCUGGGGUUCAAUUCUACAAACAGUAUGCUACUCUUUGUGGCUUUGAUAUCCGUAAAAGUACCUCUAGAAAGAGUAGUGAUGGAGCUUGUGUGUGGAAGUAUAUUCUGUGUAACAGAGAAGGAUUCAAAAAUCUGCCUAAACCUAGCAAUAUUGAAUCCAGCACUUGUGUUGGUGAUGGAACUGAAUCCAUGAAUACAGAAUCUAGCUCUUCUAAUUCUGAGAAUGUUGCUGGCUGUAAUGAGGAAGUGAAAAGCUCAGAACCAAAAGGCAUUCCUUCGAAUAAGAGACGUCGUGUAUCAAAUCGUGUUGGUUGCCGUGCACGUUUAGUUAUGAGGUUACAUGCUGGACAUGGAUAUUUGGUUACCCGUUUUGAAGAGCGGCAUAAGCAUCCCAUGACGUCUACCCCAUCUCGCCCAUUUCUAAAAGUAAAUCGAGCUCUUGAUGUUGGCCAUCAAAAUUUUGUUUUGAAUUGUUCCAAAGCUAAUAUUGGAACAAUGAAAUGUUAUCGUUUGUAUAAAGAAACUGUGGGUGGGUAUUCGAAUAUUGGCGCAACUGCUGUUGACUUUAAGAACUUCAAGCGUGAUUUGAAGGCUUAUGUUUCUGGUGUUGAUGCACAAAUGCUGGUUGAUAAACUUUUUAGAAAGCGGGAGACUUGUUCUGAGUUUUUCUUCGCUUAUGAUGUUGAUGCCAGUGAUCAAUUGACUCGUAUUUUUUGGGCUGAUCCUGUAUGUAGAAGGAAUUAUGCUCUAUUUGGUGAUGUGGUCUCCUUUGACGCGACUUUUGAGACCAAUAGG